AGUUUUGUUUUUGUAUUUGCCAUUUUAUGAGCUGCCUUGCCGGUUCGUUGUCAUUCAUCGUUCGCCUUAGGUCAACGACAGAUAAUCGGUUACUAAUUUGCCCAUAACUUACAUUUAAAAAAAUAUAUUAGCUUAAAUAUGUCGUUUAUUGGACGUGCAUUGCUGCGUAAUGGCAAAGGUAUUGUUUGUGGUCAAUACAAACAGACAACGACGCGUCUGUUGCAUCAGACUGCUCCACUGUGCGCGGUGCGCGUUCAACAGCCGGCUCCAGAUUUCAAGGGAUUGGCUGUGAUCGGCAAUGACUUCCAGGAGAUCAAACUGGAAGACUACAGAGGCAAAUAUCUGGUGCUGUUUUUCUACCCGUUAGACUUCACCUUUGUUUGUCCAACGGAAAUAGUUGCAUUUAGCGAACGCAUUAACGAGUUCCAGGACAUCAAUGCCGAAGUUGUCGGCGUCUCGGUGGACUCGCAUUUUAGCCAUCUGACCUGGUGCAAUGUAGAUCGCAAGAAUGGCGGCGUUGGCAAGCUGAAAUAUCCAUUGCUUUCGGACAUUACCAAGAAGAUAUCCGCUGAUUAUGAUGUGCUGCUCGACAACGAAGGCAUCUCGCUGCGCGGCACAUUCAUCAUUGAUCCGAAAGGUGUCUUGCGUCAGUACUCGAUCAACGAUUUGCCCGUGGGCCGAUCCGUCGAUGAGGUGUUGCGUCUAAUCAAGGCCUUCCAGUUUGUCGAAGAGCACGGCGAGGUGUGCCCAGCCAACUGGAAUCCAAAGACUAACCCGGCUACCAUCAAGCCCGAUGUGGAUGAAUCCAAGCAAUACUUCAGCAAGCAUGGCUAAGACUGCCAUUAAAAACCUUCAACAUUCAACUCAAACAGAGACCCCAACAAAAAAACGCCACAAAUUAUUUUGUCAAUCCUUUAAAGCAUAAAAUACAAAUUACGUAGUUACAUG